CUAUGAAUUUAUUAUUGAUAAUUAAAUUUAUUUUAUGAAAGUGGUAGACUAAAAAGUAUAUAAAAAUCAAUAGAAUAAAAUAACUGGGCAUAUAAAAUUCGGCGUACGUACAAGAUUUGCUUUCAUUAAGCUUAUGCAUGUAUGCUUUAAGAUCAGACUUUCCAAGUUUUUUUUUUACUCUGGCAUACUUGAUUAGAGAGAUUAGUUCACAUUUAAUCGUAAUUUAGCCUAAAACAUAGGCUAUACAUCUCAAUGAAUAUAACACAUACCCCUCAUAAGCCCCUCAUAAGCAAUAUCCGGUCCAAAUGGGAAUUCUGUUAGCAUGUAAGACCAACCGAUCUCCAUCUUCGCCCAUGUACCAAAUAUUUCGCCACAACCCUGACUGCUUCUUGGCAUCGUGACUAAUGAAGACUCUAAGCAAAGUUUCUUGAAAUUUAAAAGUUUGGAAAUAAAUGGAGUUGCAGGCGAACAACAAUCAGUUGUCCCUUAUAGAAGGCAACACUUCUUUAUUCAAGACUGUCUUCAAUGGUGCCAACACCAUUCUAGGAAAUGGAGUUUUAUUAGUUCCAUAUGCAUUAGCUUCGGGAGGUUGGUUGAGCUUAGCUUUGCUUUUCACCAUAUCGAUUCUUGUUACCUACACAGGCCUUCUAAUAAAAAGGUGCAUGGAAGUCGAUCCUAGAAUCAAAUCUUAUCCUGACAUAGGAGAACAUGCAUUUGGAAAAACUGGUAAAACAAUUGCAUCAAUAAUUCUAUAUGUAGAACUUUAUAUGGGUACAACAGGUUUUCUAAUAUUAGAAGGAGACAAUCUACACAAAUUAUUUCCAAAAGUGGCAAUAAAUAUACUUGGGAUAUCACUUAAUGGAAAAUCAAGUUUCAUUAUAAUCAUCGCGCUGAUUCUUCUCCCUACUGUGUUGUUGGAUAACUUAAGCAUUUUUGCGUACAUCUCUGCUACCGGUUGUUUAGCUGCUCUUUUGGUACUUGGAUCAAUUUUAUGGGUGGCUGCAUUCAAUGGUGUUGGAUUCCACCAAGCUCAAAAUGCGUCAUUCCUGAUUAACUGGAAAGGGUUGCCUACUGCUAUCAGUUUAUAUAUGUUAUGCUAUACUUCACAUCCAGUUUUUCCAACCUUAUACACUUCGAUGCAAAAGAAACAUCAUUUCUUUAAGGCAAUGUUGUUUUCGUUUGUCUUUGCUACCUUUGUAUAUGCUUCAAUGGCGAUUUUAGGGUACUUAAUGUUUGGUUCACAAGUUGAGUCACAAAUAACUUUGAACCUUACAACAGAAAGGGUAGCCUCGAAAAUUGCGAUAUAUACUACGGUGAUAACUCCUCUAGUAAAAUACGCACUAUUGUUGAAACCUGUGGUUAUUACUACAGAAAGUUGGCUUUCAAGCAAGUACAUGGAGAAUAUGUUUAUCAAGGUUGUCAUCAAAUUGUUUUUGGUUGUUACACAAGUUUUUGUAGCGUUGGCGUUUCCGUUCUUUGGAUAUCUAAUGGCACUUGUUGGAGCAUUGUUAGGUGCUCCAAGUUCACUUACAAUUCCAUGCUUGUGCUACUUGAAAACUUCAAACAACCAACCUAACCAAGGGGUACUUGAGCGUGUCUUCAUUUGGGGAAUUGUCUGCUCAAGUAUAUUGAUUCUGGUAUCUGGUACAUACACCUCUGUGGUAAAUAUAGUAGAGGAAUUCACGGAUAAAUAGUUGAACUUUUCCUCCAAAGUUUGUAUGGUAUUCCUUGUCAUGUGUGUUUGUUACAGAUCACUUGACAGCUUUUAAGGAAUUAUUUCAGAUUAAUAAUGUAGUAUUUUCUUUAUAGAAUGUUAUAUGGUUAUUUCGUAA